AUGGCAGGCACCAAGCAGACCGCCCGCAAAGCCACCGCCUGGCAGGCCCCCAGGAAGCCCCUGGCCACCAAAGCCGCCAGAAAAAGGGCGCCGCCUACAGGAGGGAUCAAGAAGCCUCACCGCUACAAGCCUGGCACCCUGGCGCUGCGGGAAAUCAGAAAGUACCAGAAGUCCACGCAGCUGCUCCUGCGCAAGCUGCCCUUCCAGCGCCUGGUGCGCGAGAUCGCCCAGGCCAUCAGGCCGGACCUGCGCUUCCAGAGCGCGGCCAUUGGCGCCCUGCAGGAGGCCAGCGAGGCCUACCUGGUGCAACUCUUUGAAGACACCAACUUGCGUGCCAUCCGUGCCAGGCGCGUCACAAUUAUGCCCCAAGACAUGCAGCUGGCCCGCCGCCUCCGUGGAGAGGGUGCCGGAGAGCCCACGCUCCUGGGAAACCUUGCACUCUAGAGGACUUCUUUUCUGUUUGCUUGUGUUUUGUUUUUUCUCUUCCCCCUGUAACUGGUAGUUCUGAUGUGAGAAAUGUUCUUCUGUUUUGGUUUCUUUUCCCUCCGGGGGUCCAAAGGUAGCUAAGCAUAGGACUGCCAGUGGAAAGGUAGGCAGAAAUCAGGUGGCGGUUGUGUUUGUGUGUGCUUGUUAGUAAACGUCUCAUCUACUAUGAGGCUCCCAAGGCACCAGUGUCAAGUGGAAAUAUCUCUGUGAGCGAGUUUCAGUUCAACUCUAUA